AUGGAAAUCGUCGACAUGUUGGAAAGACGAAGGGUUGUCAUCUGUUCUCUGCAGGAAACAAGAUGGAAAUCAAAUGGUGUUUCUCUAAUUGGGAGUUACAAUUUGUUCUGGAAUGGCCAAAAGACAGCCAAAAAUGAAGUGGGAAUCUUCAUACGGGAAUCACUGGCACAAAAUGUACUGGAGGUGACUCGAAUCAGCUCACGCUUGAUGCUGAUUAAACUCAGAAUGGGAAAACAGGUUCUGACUGUUUUCUCUGCAUAUGCACCACAGACCGGUGAAUCUGAAAACGCCAAAAAUGAUUUCUGGAACACACUCUCAGAUGCCGUCAGGAAAACACCAUCAUCAAAGAUACUAUUGAUAUGUGGCGACCUCAACGGCCAUGUUGAAGAUAAAGCUAAUGGGUCAACGUUGUCUAUGGAGGCUUUGGCUACGGUUUUCAAAAAAAUGACGGUGUACGGAUUCUGGAAUUUGCUGAAAGCCAUGAACUCUCCCUGUUGA